UAUAAGUUAGCUUAAACAAAGUAGCUUGCCCCACCCACUUUAAAAGAUUUUUAUACACACGUUCACAAUAUUUCCCACUACAAUAGAUUUACAGCACUAUAAACCCAUUUCUCCAUUUAUUAUCGCAUACGAAGGUGACCCAUACUAACAUUGUUUCAGUUAAGUUUCAAAUACGUAUAUAUAAAUACAGACGUGGUUGUUUGUUUACCCCUUUUCUACCCGUUAACCACAUUUGGAAGAUAAUUCGAUUACCGCGCACUCAUAUAGCAUAUAUAUAUAUGUACAUGAAAAAAACCAUCGAGGUACGUACAUACACACCAACGCGUACAUAAAUAAGCUCCACCCUUUUUGUUCGCUCUCGCACUGCACAUAAAAAGCACUGUUACUGGACUUAGACGCGCUAGGACAGUACAGUGUAGCAAAAAGUUAUUUACUCACAGUGGGACAAAACCGGUACCCACACAAAAUAAAUAAAAUACUCUAAAUCACUCUAAAUCAAUUUUAAAGCAAAAUUAAGCUCGAUUAUACCCCUGCAUAUUAUAACGAGAUAUUGUAUAUAAUUGAAUUGACCCGAAUUAUCCAUCUCACAUACAAUGGAGAAGAAAACACUAACUUCUGAUAAUGAUUCAGAGGCAAGUCUCCAAGCUUUCAUAUUUGAAAGCAAUAGAUUAGAGUCAUUUUACUCCACAUGGUCAGCAACUCUUAUAGCUGACCAGACAGAAUCUCUAUUGAGGGUAAAGAUCCAGCAACUAGACAGAUUGUGGGAAUCACUCGUUGUGUCUUUUAGAGCAGUAUCCCUUUCCGGAGAUCAUGAUGAGUCAAGUGGCUCUAUCGAGCAAAAAUAUAAAAAGUGCUCAGAAAGCUACGAAAAUUGUAUGUCCCAAAUACUAGAUGCUCUGCAGCUUUUAGCACCACCUCCACAACCCAGAAACCUUCCUAAUAAUUCCAACGCCCCUGAGGUUUUCCUCAAAGUACCACCAUGUGACACCGAAGUCUUCCAUGGUGGGUACGAAGACUGGCCGGCCUUUAGGGAUAUGUUCACGGCAGUCUAUGGAAAUCAUCCCAAGCUAACACCAGCCCAGAAACUCUACCAUUUACGCCAAAAAACGAGAGGCCAGGCAGGGCAAUUGGUUAAGCAAUACCCGCUGACUGACGAAAGCUUUCAAUUAGCCUGGGAGGCACUGAAAGCGCGGUAUGAAAACCGCAGAAUAUUGGUCGAUAACCAAUUAAAAACUCUCUUUAAUCUCCAAUCGAUUUACUCAGAGAACGGUGAGCAGAUUCAAAAACUCCAAACCACGAUAAACAACUGUUUGUCCACUUUGGCAGCACAAGGAAUCCCAACCUCUGACUGGGACCCCAUCCUUGUCUAUAUUUGCUCUUCAAAACUGCCCAGUGAAACCCUUUCUUUGUGGGAACAGUCGCUGAGUUCUCGAAAAGAACUGCCGCUGUGGGCAGAUAUGAAUGAGUUUUUAACAACUCGGUAUGAAGUUGUGGAAAGACUCAGCACUUAUCGCCCAGGUAAAACAAGAACGCCUCUACCAAACUUUCCCCCCAGAGCAAAUAAUCAAAACUCAAACCCUUUUAAUAAACCGAAAACCCAUAGCUUCCACACGGAACUAAAUCAGCAGGUAUCAUGUAAAUUAUGCAACCAAAACCAUCCAAUGAAAACCUGCGUGAAGUUUAAAGCCCUGUCCGUAUCUGAGCGACUCAAGUUCGUAAGAGAAAACAAAUAUUGUGAGAAUUGCCUCUCAUAUUCCCACUUCAAGAGUGAUUGUCAGAGCAAGUUCUUAUGCGUAUACUGCCAAAAGAGACAUCACUCCCUCCUCCACUUCCAACCACAAUCCCAAACAUCUAGGGCCAACGCAAGACCUCAGAGGACCCUUACCCAAAUGUCUACUCAAAAUCGGAUAGACCAUGAACAGCCGUCGACAUCCGAGCAGGCGGCUAAAAAUGCCCUUACAAAAAGUCCACCUGACAGUAAUGCCCAAAAGGUUUCUUCCCAUUUUUCAAGUAGCAGCGCAACAACCCUACUCCCCACAGCAAUAGUCCCAAUAUACUUCGCAGGAGAAUAUCAUAAAAUUCGUGCUCUAGUCGAUCAAGGGUCACAGAAGACCUUUGUGGCAUCACGAAUUCAAAAACUCCUUGGAAUACCCACUAGAGAAACUCACUACCAAAUCUCUGGAAUGGGAGGAAUGGUAGUACAAAAUUCGAACAAAGUUUGCGAAAUAACGCUAUGUUCAUCUGAUUUGGGUCAGAAAAUCACCACAAACGCCAUCAUCCUCCCUCAGCUCACCCACUUUCUGCCCACAUUCAAAGUGUCAAAUGUCAAUAUAGACCAAGUACGCUCCCUCCAGCUUGCUGACCCUAACUGGUUUACACCAACGAAAAUCGAUAUGGUGAUAGGCAGCGAUAUAACUCCCCAAAUACUCCUGGAUGGGCUACAACACAAUAUCGACGGCACCUUAGUAGCCCAAAACACAAUAUUCGGUUGGAUACUCAGUGGUCCAGUAAGAGAACAUAUCUCAACGUUCUCCACCCACGUCACAGAAGCAACAGAACCCGAACUCAGCACGCUGCUCAAAAGGUUUUGGGAGCAGGAGGAGAUAGAAACCGCUCAACCCAAGUCAGCAGAAGACGAAUUCUGUGAGGAACUCUACAGGACCACAACCGCCAGACGAGAGGAUGGACGCUACGUUGUGAGACUCCCCUUUAAACCCGAAUUCCCGGACGCCCUUGCCUUAGGCCACUCCCGCCCAGCAGCUCAGCAGCAAUACAUAAGCGUAGAGAGGACUUUGGAAAAAAAGCCGGAGCUGCGCGAAAAGUACUCAGAAGUACUGAACGAGUACUUGCAAAUGAGGCACAUGGAACACGCUUCCCCCCUUGAAACCAUAAAAGACGGCAAAUAUUUUUCAUUUUACUUACCCCAUCACGCAGUCUUAAAGCCCGACAGUAAAACGACAAAAGUGCGUGUCGUCUUCAACGCAUCUAAGACAUCUCAGUCAGGAAACUCCCUGAAUGACGUUCUUUAUACAGGCCCAGUACUCCAAAACGACUUGACGUCCAUUAUCCUCAAAUGGCGUCUUUAUGAAUUCGUUUUCAAUGGCGACAUAGAGAAAAUGUAUCGUCAAAUACGCGUCCAUAGAGAAGAUCAAAAUUUCCAGAGGAUUCUUUUUAGGAAAGCCCCUCACCUGCCAAUCGAAGACUUUAAGUUAAAAACCGUCACCUUCGGUGUUAACUGCGCCCCAUAUCUGGCAAUUCGUACGCUCCACCAGCUAGCCCAUGAUUGUCAAGAAAAAUACCCCCUCGCCAAAAACAUUAUACUACACGAAACAUAUGUAGAUGAUGUACUCUCUGGCGGACACAAUAUACAGUCCACUCUCAACUCGAUGACCCAAACUAUAGAAGCUCUAAAAUCGGCAGGCUUUCCACUGA